GCUUAAGGUGUGCAGCUGUCCUACCCAAUAUAAAACCCAAAAAUUAAUACGCAUGAGAUACAGUCGCAAUGGAGGAGGAUGGACAGACAAGAGGACCGCUCAAGAGGCCGUGGGACACCUGCCGAGAGGUCCCAGUUAUUGAAGAUGAACGGACGCCCUGGAAGAUGAUCAGACUGCUGAGGUUCAUCUCCUUGUCUGCAUUAGCUAUCAUCGUGUUUGGAUUGGCUCUAUGUAGCAAGACAUCUUUCCUUCUCCUCAUUACCUUGGCCCAUGACAGCACAAAGACCCUUCCAGCGAAGCAGAAACCUCUCGCACUGCUGUGUAUCGGCUGCUGCCUUAUUGCACCCACAAUCCUUCUGCUAAUCAAAAGCACCUGGAAAAGCUGCUAUAAAACAUCAAAGUUUCCUAGAAAAGCAACCGUGGCCCUGGUUUUGUUUUUUGAGUUUCUGGUGUCUGUGGGUGUAGCAAUCCUCACCAUUGUGGCGAUGCCUCACCUGGAUGUUGUGACCAACGUGACGAUAUUUAAUGGUGUAGCUGUCCUCUCUGCACUCCUGCAAGUGGUCGCUCAGUGCACUGCCAAGGAAAAAAAACGCUUCCUGGUGCCUGCCAUCCUUGCCUUCAUUCUCAUUUUGCUUGGAUAUUGCCUGUUCCUGGGCUUAUACAUUGCGAAGGACCCUGCGAAUAUCAAGAUGAGCAUUUGGAUGGGCCUUGCUGUUGGUGGGUCCAUCUUGACGUCUUUCAGCUGGUGGAGGAACUACUUCAGAGUGAUCUGCGAGAAUAGCAGUUCCAUCUUCCUCAAGAACGUGUUCAAAGACAUCUCAAGGUCUCAGAACAUGCUGCACAUCUUCUCCAGCCUGCUCAGGAUUGCGGUGACCACCUGUGUGCUCGGGGCCUAUGUCCCUCUGGCCAAAAUGGACUGGGACGUCUUGACUUCCAUCCCGGGCCGAGAGGCGAGGAUUAUAGGCAUCAUCAUCGGAGUCCAGCUGAUCUCCUCACCACUCUGUCACUGGUUUUCACUGGUAGCCUGCAAGAUGCAUGCCAUCCGACGAUGCUUUGUCGUACCUUUGUACCUGGCCUCGCUUGCUGUCAUGGCUGUGCUCAUCAUUCCAGUCAUUGUUUAUUACCAGGAUUACAGACUAAGCCUGAACACAACUGAAAACAUCAACUUCACAAGUUACUGCAACGUAGAGGUCGCCGGAAGAAAUCAAAGUCUGAAUGGCAGUGUGUUCCCACAUCUAGUUUUGGACGUUACACAAACUCUGUGCUUCCUGGACAUGUCCAAGAUCAGUGACAUUGGAGUACUGACAGGUGAAGCAGUGUCCUGGUGGCUUGGUCUAGUGUUAGCCACACUCUAUAUCUUCAACCUCAAAAUCUAUCGCAUCCAAAAGACCCAAGACUUGUUCAGCAGGAGGCAGUAUGACGGAGCCUUCAUCGAGCAAUCCCUGCUCCUCAACACACGAUUCCAAAUCCGGACCAAAGACAAGAAGAAAUGUUUUAAGGGACCUGAAAAAGCUAUGGUGUAUCUGUGUGCGACCAUGUGGCACGAAACCUACGAGGAGAUGAUGAACAUAAUUGUCUCAAUUUUCAGACUGGACAAGUUCAGACCAAAGGAUGAUACGAAGCACGACGAUUUCAACUUUGAAACCCACAUCUACUUUGAUGACGCCUUCGAACCGGUUGAGGGGAGUCAUGAACAUCACCUCAAUGAAUACGCAAAGGAUCUUGUAAAAAUCAUGGCAGAGGUUUAUUGUAUCUUCAAGAACCUUGACAAAAGGUUCUUCAGAAUUCAUGAGCAUAUUCCUGAUCAGAAUGUCAUAAGGACACCGUAUGGGGGCCGCAUAGUCUUCACCAUGCCUCACGGGAACAAUAUCAUAGUUCACUUCAAGGAUAAAACCCUCAUUCGCCACAAGAAGCGAUGGUCUCAGGUGAUGUAUCUUUACUUUCUUCUGGGUUGGAAACUCAUGACUAAACAUUACAAAUCCUGGCAGAAGGGCAUGGAUUAUAAAGAGGUUAUGGCAAAGAUUGAGGUCAGACAUCUGAUAUUCUUCUUCAUGCAAACUAUUUUGGAUAAACUACCACAGAGUACAAUGAUCGAUUUAAGAUGUCUGUUUCUACAGAAAGAGAAGCACAACACCUACAUCCUGGCUUUAGAUGGUGACACCGAUUUUCAGCCCGCCGCAGUGCUGCUGCUCAUAGACCGUCUCAAAAUGUAUCCUCGAGUUGGGGCAGCAUGCGGCAGAAUUCACCCCACAGGAUCAGGUCCUGCAGUGUGGUUCCAGAAGUUUGAGUAUGCCGUCAGUCAUUGGCUGCAGAAGACAGCCGAGCAUGUGUUUGGCUGCGUGCUCUGCAGCCCCGGCUGCUUCAGUCUGUUCAGAGCCGAGGCGCUGAUGGACGACAACGUCAUGAAGAGAUAUUCCACCAAGUCGAUGGAGGCCAGUCAAUACAUCCAGUAUGACCAAGGUGAGGACCGUUGGUUGUGCACUUUAAUGUUGAAGCAGGGAUGGCGAGUGGAGUACAAUGCAGCAUCGGAUGCCUACACCAACGCACCUGAGAACUUCAAGGAACUGUACAACCAGCGUAAGCGAUGGGGACCGUCGACGAUGGCCAACGUUGUGGACUUGCUGGGCUCCACCAACAGUCUUUCCAGGAAGAAUAUGUCCAUCUCCAAACCAUUCAUGUUCUACCAGCUUUUUGCCAUCCUCUCAGCUAUUCUGUCACCUGCCACCAUCUGCCUCAUGAUUGCAGGCAGUUUGAGUUUCGUCUUGAAGAUCCCUUCUGCUGGUGCUCUGGUCUUAGCUGUGAUUCCUCCUGCUAUCUACCUGGGUCUCUGUUUUAAGCUCAAGACAGACACUCAGAUCACUAUUGCUGCUGCCAUGAGCAUCGUUUAUGCAUUCCUCAUGUUGGUGGUGGCCACGUCCAUUAUUGCUUCAAUGGUCCUGGACCAAACCAUUCUGACACCCAGCAGCAUCUUCAUCAUCAUCAUGACAAUCAUCUUCAUUACCACUGCAGUAAUGCAUCCUCAGGAAUUUCUUCUAAUAUUUUAUGGCCUUCUCUACGUCAUCUGCAUCCCCAGCGCCUACCUUCUGCUCACCAUCUACUCCAUGGUGAACAUGAACAGUGUCUCUUGGGGCACCAGAGAGACAAAGCCUGCUGCCGGGGCUGCCGCAGAUGCAGCCAUCACCCAGCAAACCAGCAAACAGAAAGCCAAAAGUGCCUGCCAAAAAUUCUUCUCAUGGCUUAAGUGUUGUAAAAAAUCUACAUCUGAAGAUGAGCAGCUCCGUAUAAAUCAGGGGAGCUUAAUCCCAGAACCCUCAGAGCCUGUACCACAACCCCAGAACACUAUUGUGGAUGACAUCUCGGAGGAAAGCCAAGGGGAAAUGGAUAUGCUUUAUGACAUUCAUGACUUCCAUAAUCAGUGUUGGGUGACAGAACUACAGAAUAUGUCUACUGACAUUCAACUGAAGGAGGAUUUUCUCAGCGAGGAAGAAGUGAACUUCUGGAACGAGCUACAGGGAAAGUACCUUCAGCCUCACGCAAAUGAUAAAGAGAAACAAAAAAAGACACAGACUGACCUGGAAGAGCUGAGAAACAAGAUCAACUUCUCCUUUUUCUUCGUGAACGCCCUGUGGCUGGUGGCAGCCUUCAUGUUCCAGAUAUUUGAUGUCUUCGCCAUCAACAUCGACAUGGUCGACUUCAACUUCAACAAGAACGGCAAAACCAUCCAAAUCGAGCCCAUGAGCCUCAUGUUCCUUCUAGGAUUCGCUCUCACAGUUACGAUCCAGUUCAUUGCCAUGCUGUACCACAGAGCGAACACCCUCAUCCACUAUGUUGCUUAUCUGAACACUGAGAAAAAGAGAAGACCCUCAAAGAAAGCCAACAAGGAUGAAAACUCCUUCUCAGCAGAUUCAAGUUACAGCUCACAGUUCUCCGAAGCGGCUAACUCUCAUUAUCAAGACAGUGAAGAAGGGUUUUUCUUCAGUAAUCCAAAUGCAGGAACUUUGGUAUGAACACAGAUAGUCUCAAUAAGCAAAAAGGAUGUUGCAACUUUGGAUUAUGUAUUACAAGUUUUACUAAAACUAAUCCGCUCUGGAGUUUCGCCCUUAUUAAACAAGUGUUAUUCAUAUUUACUGAUAUUUUGUAUCAUGACAGACAUUAUCACUGUUUAUUCUAUUUAUUGGGAAUGUGAAGUUUUACUUACACUGUAAAGCUACGUUUGCAUAAUUUUGCUGCUCAUGUAUUUAAUGCAAUGUUUGUUUAUUGUGAUGUCAAGAGAAAUUAAGUGUGAAGGAUGAUAGUAUAAAAAAUGGUUUUACUGUAGAUAUACAAAUGAAGCAAUUUCUUGAAAUAUUGAUAAAGGUCAGUCAAAAUCUGACAGUAUGCAGACAUAACAGCACUUGACUCAUUAAAAUUUAUGGAAGUAUUAACUCAGUCAUUUUUGAUUAAAAGAAAAAAAAGCGAAGUCUUUUUUAAUGAUUAUAUGUCAAACGAGUCCAUCAUAUUGAUAUGUAACAAGAAGUUUUAUAUCACAGAUGCAUAAUUUGUUUGUCUUCAUAAUGUGAAAAACAAAUCUUAUUGG